AUGAAGAAAGAGGAGGAGAGAAAUGAAACCAACAUGGCAGAAUUCAUUCUUCUUGGUUUUGGAGACAUCCAGGAGCUGCAGAUUUUUCUAUUCAUGCUGUUUCUAAUUAUAUACAUUAUGACCAUGGUUGGGAACAUCCUCAUUGUUGUACUGGUUGUGCUUGAUCAAAGCUUACACACACCUAUGUAUUUCUUCCUUGGGAAUCUGUCUUGCUUGGAGACCUGCUACAGCUCAACCAUCCUCCCCAGAAUGCUGGCCAGUUUCUUAACCAAGAACCAAAGUGUUUCGGUGAAUGGGUGCAUUGUGCAAUUGUGGGUUUUUGGUUUCUUGAUAGCAGCAGAGUGCUACCUCCUGACAGCAAUGUCCUACGAUCGCUAUGUUGCAAUAUGCAGGCCCUUGCAUUAUCCAUUUCUUAUGAACUUCAAAAUCUGCCUCCAGCUGGUGGCUGGUUCUUGGAUCGGCAGUUUUGUGGUAAACAUGACCUUGUUAAUUUUUAUACUGCAGUUAACCUUCUGCGGCUACCGUGUUAUUGAUCAUUUCUUUUGUGACUUCAUUCCAAUAGUGAAUGUUGCCUGCAGUGACACGCAUCAAAUAAAAGUUCUGUCACUUGCUCUGACCUCCAUCUGCACACUGCCACCAUUCAGUAUAACAAUAGUAUCCUAUGGGUGCAUCAUUAAUACCAUUCUUGGCAUCCCGUCCUCCACAGGAAGGCAAAAGGCCUUCUCUACCUGCUCUUCUCAUCUCAUUGUGGUGACCAUUUUCUACGGCACCAUCAUCGCUGUGUACAUUUUGCCAGACACCAAGCAACUGAGAGAGCUGAACAAAGUCUUCUCUGUCUUUUACACAAUAUUGACACCUCUACUCAAUCCUCUAAUAUAUAGUUUGAGGAACAAAGAGGUGAAGGAAGCCUUGAGGAAAGUAGCUUACAAAUAUGCACAUAUAAGAGUUUAUUAA